AGGAGAGACAUCUUCGCACCGUGCCGACAGAGAAAGUAGUUUGGUGGUGGUGAGAUGAGAAAGAUGACAUCAUGAUGUGAUGCAAACGUGCUUUUUGCAAGUAUUUGGUCAUGAACAUCCUUCUUUGUAACCAAAAGCAACAUCCACUUCCUUUUAUCGUUGUGGCCGUUUGAUUCCAAAUGAAGCGUCUGGUUAACAUUGCGGCCGGUGUUAUUUGAAUCAAUUGUACAUUCAUGUGUUCAUACUGAGGGUGGCGUUUUGGACAAGUAGUGAGCACCCCCGACCCACUCAUAGUUCUGAAUGUAUUCAUUUGGUACGACAACGCAGUCCAAAAACCUGCAUGUUGCUCUCACGCUAAAAUGUGCAUGUGAGUGUAAAUGUUUGUUUGUAGCUUCUCCGUGAAAGUCAGCUGGCGUAGGCUCCAAGCGGACCAAUGGAUAGAAUACGCACGCCCACUACAAUGGAACAUUUCUUUUCUACAAACAAUGUCUCUUUGUUCAUCUAGCUUUGCUAAGAACAUCGUAACGGACUAGACCGAACGAGAGCGAUGUUUUCUAUGUUUAGACGUGUAUGAUUUUUUUUUUUUUUUUUUAAUAAUGUCCAAAGUGCUGUAUUGAACGACCGUGCGUUCAUAUACUCCACAGGUGUGAAAGUCAAGGCCCGGGGGCCAGAUAGGGCCCGCCACAUCAUUUGAUGUGGCCCGCCAAGACAAAUUGUGCAUCAAAUUUGUGUGUCACUUUUAGAAUUGCAAAUUGUCGUCACUUUUAAUCCUAUCUUUCUUUUUUUAACUCGUCUGAUUUGAAAACGAGUUAUUUGUCAGCUUUUACUGUAUAUAAUAUGAGGUGCUCGUAUAUUGAUUUGGGUUGAAAGUCAUAAUGGCCUUCCGAAAGAAGCUCUGACUACAAAAAAUGACUUGGACACCCCUGAUCUACUCCAUACAUAGGUAAAAGUGCCAUUCAGACGAUGGACUGCAGAGGGCGCUAUUACACCACAGAUGCGUGUAAAUGCGUGAAAGAAGAAGAAACCUCCGCUGAUUAGCGGGUCUCUGCUCCACCUGACCGCAAUUGAGACCCAGUGGUGCGUGAAAGUAAAAUGUGUGCGUCAAAUCCUCGUUUGACGUACAGCUUCAAAUGAAACGAAAACGAAGCUAUUCAUAGAUGUUCCGAACUAUUCGAAUCAGGUGAGAUUUGGCCUAGCAGCUUCGCGCAAAGGCCAGCUAACUUGCUAGCUAUUAGCUAGUUUUGGUUUGGUCAAAACACUUUGGUGAAUGAUCGGUUUCUGUUGUAUUAGCUGUCAGAAUAUCUCCUAUCUUUUGACAAAGUUUGUCAGGUAACUGAAAAGCAAAAAAAAGUGAGUUUAAUUUCUCAAAAGUUUUGCUUGCUCUUUAAGUGGACUCAAGUAGCAUUCCACUGUUGUCAUCAAAUAAUUAAGAACAUUUUGCAAAAGAAAAAAGCUUUGGGUCUAUCGAUGUGAAGUUUAGCAGAAGACUCAUAUGUGAGCUUCGUAUUGUCUUACUCACCAGUUAUCUUCCACCACCAACUGUACGGGAUUCCGUCUGGCUCUGACGGAGAUGGAUGACGGUGAUAACCGGAGGGCUUCUGGCUCCGAGCAAAGGCGUAUGGCGACCAAAGCCUCCUACAGUGACUGUCAGAUAGCAGUAAGAGAUCACCUUGGGGCACAGCCGACCCCUUAUGAUUGCUAUGAGGAAUUCUUCAGCGGCAGCCAGACUUCCAUCCAUUUGGUCGGUGCGCUCGGGACUUUCUCAGGGCAGCACAGCGAUUUAGUGAAACAAGGUUACUUGGGCAAGCUUGAGAGGGCCCACAGAAGAUAUUUUGUCCUCAGAGCAGGAAGUCACACCGGACCGAGUCGACUUGAGUGGUACAAGUCCCUGGAGAAGUUUGCAACAACGAAGAAGUCCUCUGGGAAAUAUGCGCUUUUUGGGCCCAGCAAGCAAGGGGUGAUUUACCUGAGGUCCUGCAUUGGUGUGGGCUGCCUUUGUAGUUUGAGUAAAGGCCUCACGGUGGCGCUGUAUGCUCAAGACCAGACAAUGGUCCUGGUGGCAGACAGCCAGCAGGAUCAAGAGGCGUGGUACCUUUCCAUCAAAGAACUGAUGGAGGAGCAUAGAGAUGAAGAUCAGGCGCGUGAUGAUGAGGACGACGGCUAUUGCACUUUGCCACCUGCGGGCUUCUUCAAAGAGGUUUGGCCCGUCUGUGUGAAUCCGCGAGGUCUUGGCCGCUCAAAGUCUUUGUCAGGUGAGCUCCGCCUCUGCCUCACCGCAACCUCUCUCCUCCUGGUCCGAAUGAGCGCGUGCAGCCAUUUGCCCUCGGUUACGAUACCUCUGCUCACCGUGCGCCGCUUCGGCCACUUGGAGGACUCCUUUUUCCUGGAGCUCGGCCGGUCCGCGCCGCUCGGUCCAGGGGAGCUCUGGUUUGAAGCCAGAGACCAAGCGCAGCACAUUCACGAAGCGGUUCGGGAUACGGUCCGAGCGCUGCGGGCGCUUCCGGAUUUCGGCCGCUCGCCCGUUUCCAAGCACGAUCCGCUCCUGGUCCCCAAACGCUGUCGACCCAAAUACGGAGAGAAGAAAAGCCUGGCCGCUCAGACAGGCCCAACGCAGUACCAGCGAACCGACGGAGCGGAACCUCAAUCUCCCGUGAGCUUGCAAAGCAUGGCCUUGCCCGAGCCCGGUCGCUACAUGGACAUGAGGAAGCAGCCCCCUGCUGGUGGUGAACGUCGUGAAGGGGAGGGCGUCGAUUACAUGAUGAUGUCGCCGCAGGUCAGCCGCAGCUCCUGCUUGUUGCCUCAGGAUGCUUAUGUUACCAUGUCGAGCCCUCAGAAACAAGACUCGCCAGUCUCACCUCAAAGUGGAGGCAAUAGAUGUACUUCUUUGUACACAUCGCCUUGGCCGACCAAUGAUUGGUCACAGGACACUCCAAGCCACAACGCUCGACUGCCAACGGCGUUUGGGCCCACUCGUUCACCUAAAGGACACGCCGACACUUCUGGACUGAUGACCCCAUUUGUCCAAAGGAAAAAACGAUUGGCCGUUCGAUCUCGACUUGCAUCAUGUCUGCCAUCGUGCCUGCUCGCCGAGGACUGAUCCGGAAGGCUAAUUUGUGUUGUCGAGACGACGCAUCCUGGUACGUAUUCAUGCUGGCUCGCCAUGUGACUUCUUGGUCACGUUAGCGUAAGGGGGCAGAACGCUGCAAAGUUGAUCACCGCCUGGGUGUGGCUUUCACUGAAUGAUGUUUGACGGUUGUACAGCGUGUAUGAAUUAAAGUCACUUGAAUGCA